AUAUCGUCAAUUAUAAACGGCGAACCAAAAACACCACUCUUAUCCUUAAAGAUUGAUUUAUCACCAAUCAUAUUAGGAGGUGAUCACUCCGGGAAAGAGUUGUUUCCAGACUCUAGCCAUGUUCUCUGAGAUUCUAAUAUUAAUACUGGUCUACAGUAGUAGUAGUAUUCUUGGCUUAGCAGCCACUGAAGAUCUUGGUUUCACCUACAAUGGGUUCCAACGAUCGGAGAAUCUGACCCUGGACGGCUUGGCCAAGUUCAUGCCCAAUGGCCUCUUGCAGCUCACCAAUUACACCGACCAACAAACGGCUCACGUCUUCUACCCUUACCCAAUUAACUUCAAGAAUUCAUCAAACACUACUUUCUCCUUCUCCACCACUUUCGUCUUUGCCAUCAUCCCCAAGCAUCCACUCGGGGGUGGUCACGGAAUUGCUUUCGUGAUCGCACCAACAAGAGGCCUCCCCGGUGCUCUUCCAAGCCAGUACCUUGGUCUUUUCAAUAAGACCAACAAUGGUAACUUCACUAAUCGCAUUGUCGCUGUAGAGCUCGAUGCAAUUCAGAACCUGGAGUUCAAUGAUACUAAAGACAACCAUGUUGGGAUUGACAUUAAUGGGUUGCAUUCCAAAGUAGCCAAACAAGCAGGCUAUUAUGCUCCUAAUAAUGGUCUGUUCCAGAACUUGUCCCUUGUUAGUGGCCAUCCGAUGCAAGUCUGGGUGGUCUACGAUGGUGUGGAGAAGCUCAUGAACGUCACACUAGCUCCUGUUGAUGUCCAGAAACCAAAUACUCCACUUAUGUCCUUUCACUAUGAUCUUUCGCCUGUAAUCAAUAAAAACAUGUAUGUUGGCUUCUCAUCGUCCACUACCGCGGUCCUAACCUCCCAUUAUAUAUUAGGAUGGAGCUUCAAGAUGAAUGGCCAGGCUCAAGAGCUAGACCUCUCUCAACUUCCUAAGCUUCCUCGAAUUGGACCAAAGCAAACAUCUCGAGUUUUGACAAUUGGGUUGCCUGUGAUUUGUGUAGUUUUAGUGUUAGCAGUGGUCUCAGGCACAGUUUACUAUGUUAGAAGGAAGAGGAAGUAUGCAGAAGUACUAGAAGAUUGGGAGCUUGCCUAUGGACCUCAUAGAUUCAAGUACAAAGAUCUAUAUAUUGCAACCAAUGGGUUCCGAGACAAAGAUUUGUUGGGAAGUGGAGGAUUUGGAAGGGUCUAUAAAGGUGUAUUACCUACUUCUAAAAUUGAAAUAGCAGUGAAGAGGGUCUCUCAUGAAUCUAGACAGGGUAUGAAGGAAUUUGUAGCAGAAAUUGUUAGUAUUGGGAGGCUACGCCACCGCAACAUAGUUCAACUCCUGGGCUAUUGCAGGCGCAAAGGAGAGUUACUUUUGGUGUAUGAUUACAUGCCCAAUGGAAGUUUAGACAAAUGCUUGUAUGACCAACCGGAGUUCACCUUGAAUUGGAGCCAGAGAUUUCGAGUCAUCAAAGGUGUAGCAUCAGGGCUUGUCUAUCUGCACGAAGAAUGGGAACAAGUUGUGGUACACAGAGAUAUCAAGGCUAGCAAUGUCCUGUUGGAUGGAGAAUUUAAUGGGAGAUUGGGAGAUUUUGGCCUAGCAAGAUUGUAUCGGCAUGGAACCGUUCCUCAAACAACCCGUGUGGUUGGAACUUUUGGAUACCUUGCCCCGGAGCACACUAGGACAGGCAAGGCCACAGCGAGCUCUGAUGUGUAUGCUUUUGGGGCAUUUUUGCUUGAGGUUGCUUGUGGAAGACGGCCAAUAGAGUCGCGAGCACCAGAUGAGUACCUAAUUUUGGUUGAAUGGGUGUUUGCUUGUUGGAGUGGAGGUGAUAUUCUUCGGGCAGUUGAUCUAAAUUUGGGUACCAACUAUGUGGCAGAGGAAGUGGAAUUAGUAUUGAAGCUUGGGUUGCUGUGCUCUCAUUCAAAGGCUGUGGCUAGGCCAACUACGCGUCAAGUUGUCCAAUAUUUGGAGGGUGACAUUCCUCUGCCAGAGUUGACAUCGCUUACUAUAACUGCCACCGGACUAACUUUUGGUGAAGGCUUUUCACAGCCAGGCUCUGUUGCAGAAUCACUUCUUUCUGGAGGCCGAUAAUAAUUCUAGACCAUUUGUUUCAGUUAUCAACCUUUUUGUCACGAAAUGAUUCCUAAGACGCUUGGAGGAUGGAAGACACGCAUGCUGGUUGGCAAAGAGCAGAGUUUGACUGGGAAUGGUUUCAGGGAAGGGGCGUGCAGGAACACAGGAUGGUACCUCUUCAGAGUUCAGACAGGUCGACUCGGUUCAAUUCGAGGUGCUUGUCGCUAGUCGUGGACUUGACUAUGAAGAAGGGAGUUGGCCAUCCCUGCACAAACUGAUCGGGAGCUGGAGCCGUUCCCCUGACGAGGCCAUGGCAGGCCGAAACCAGUCAGCAUGUAUCCUUAGGAAGGCAGGUCGUGGUGGCUGACCAGGGCGCUUGCGCGAGCUGAAGCAAUGCCUUGGUGCCGCACAGGCCGUGCCGCUGCGCCAAAUCUCUAGACCCGUGACAUUAUGGACAAUUGACGUAUUUGAGGGGUGCCCCCUUUUUUAUUAUUAUUUUAUUUAUUUACGUUGGUGUACCCUUUCAUGUCAAUAUUGGUGCAUAAAUCCCCGUCUAAAUUCAAACUGUUGCAAUUUUCAAGGGUA